AUGAAAGAGAAUAAUAAUAAUAAUAAUAGUAAAGAUGAACAGGAUGAUGAUAAUCAACAACAACAACAACAACAAUCAAUAUGUUCAACAUCACAAUUUAAUUUAACUUAUUAUUUGGUGUAUUUAAUGUUGAUGAUAGGUAUUGGAGGAUACUUAUUCUUUAGUGGUUUCUUAUUGAUGAGAUUUGAAUUACCAAUAAAGAGUCAGUGUCGUGUUGUACCGACUGUAGAAUCACAUCUACCUCUUCUAUCAUCACCAACAGAGUCGUCGUCGACAUCGGAUGAUUUCGGGUGUUGGACGAAACCAACAUUUAAAAAGGCGGUGAUUGUAGUGAUUGAUGCACUUCGAUUCGACUUUUUAGCAAGACAGUCACCUGAUUCACCAGACUAUAGCACCUACUUUCACAAUCGGUUACCGUCACUCACCUCGAUACUCGAACAACAACCCAACAACACACUAUUGUAUCGGUUCAUUGCCGACUCUCCCACCGUCACUAUGCAACGUAUCAAAGGUAUUACAACAGGUUCUCUACCGACUUUUAUCGAUGUUGGUAGUAAUUUUGGUGGUGAUGCAAUCGUUGAAGAUAAUUUAAUCAAUCAAUUGGCAUUCAACGAUAAUAAUAAUAAUAAUAAUAAUAAUAAUAUAGCCGAUAACAACAAUAACAAAAAGAACAGUGACGCAAACAUUACAAGAGAAGAAAAAGAUAUUAGAAAAAAGGUUAUAUUUAUUGGUGAUGAUACUUGGGUAUCACUAUUUCCAAAUCAUUUCUAUGCUCAAUACCCAUAUCCAUCAUUCAACGUAAAAGAUCUUCAUACAGUAGACAAUGGAGUCAUUGAAAAUCUACUACCAACCAUCACUCAAAUGAAAUCGGAUAAUUGGCAAGUUGUCAUUGGUCAUUUAUUGGGUGUUGAUCAUGUCGGUCAUCUUCAUGGUCCCUAUCAUCCUGAAAUGAUUAAAAAAUUAUCUCAAAUGGAUCAAUUUUUAUUAUCUAUUAUAAAUAAUAUAGAUAAUGAAACAUUAUUUAUAUUAAUGGGAGAUCAUGGUAUGACAACAGAAGGUAAUCAUGGAGGAUCAAGUAAAGAUGAAACUGAAGCAGGAUUAUUUAUGUAUUCAAAAAAAAUAACUUUAAAUCAAACUGCUGCAUCGUCAUCAUCAUCGACUGAUCAAAUUGAAAAAUGGAAUCAAUUUGAAUAUAAUGAUAGAAAGGAUAUUAGAACAAUUAGUCAAAUUGAUUUGGUAUCAACAUUGUCGUUAUUGCUUGGAGUACCAAUACCAUAUGCAAAUUUGGGUACUAUUAUUCCAGAACCAUUUAUUCAUCAUAGUAUAAACGACAAUGGUGGAUGGAAGAAAUUAAUAGAUGCUCAACGUUUAAAUAGUUGGCAAAUUCAUAGAUAUGUUGAUAGUUAUUCAAAAAUAUCAAAAGAUUUUACAAAAGAUAAAUUGUCUUUAUUUUCAAGACUGCUGGAAGAAACUGAAAAAGGUUAUGCUAAACUAUUCGAAACGAAUCAACCAAAGGAUGAUCAAUUUUACAAAGUAUAUAGUGGAUAUCGUAGAUUACAAUCACAAAUUGUCGAAUAUUGUCGUGAAAUGUGGGCUACAUUCGACACUGAAUCAAUGGUUUGGGGUGAAGCUGUAUUGAUUAGUACAGGAUUGGUUAUUAUGGCCAUUAUCUAUACUAGUAUCAUGUCACCAACUACUCCACUCAUCCUACUCCCCAUUAAAACAAUCAUACUCAUGUCUGUGGUUGGGGUGAUUUCAUCACCAGUAACCUAUUUAAUGUUUUCAUCAACCAAUGAAAGUCUGCUACCAAUCAUGCUUGGCGUAGUAGCAUUAUUUUGUAAUUUUGGAGUAUUGACUAAAUUGGUACAAUCUCAUCUCCACAUGACCUAUUCCUACUCAUUCUUUUCACUCGCAUCAACCAUAUCAAUAUUGGCAGCGAUAGUGUGUGGAUCGAUUGGUAUGUUGUCAAUGAUAUUACAUGGUGCUAGUUUGGCAAGCAACAGUUUUAUAGAGUCACAACAAAAGGUGGUCAAUUACUUUUUAAUGACUUUUUGUUAUCUUGCCAUCAUCCUAUUAUUGGCCGUUAAAAAGAAUGAAUUCUCUCGUCACGAUCUAUUCAACAGUCUUGGUCUAAUCGUCACUCUUCAUCUUACUUCACCAAGUUUCCUCUCACAUCAAUUGGGUGACAUUAUCAAAUUUAAACGUGAUCCUACAACAUCUAUCGAUUGGCAUCAAUUUGUUAAUCAUUCAACUCAAUGGGUUUGGUGUGUCCCAAUCUUGUAUUAUUUAUUUAAAAUCUUAAUUUCAAAAUUAUUACAAGAACCCAAUAGUAAAAAGAAAAAUAGAUCAUCAUCCUCUUCAUAUUUUUCAUUUAAUAUAAAUAUUAAAAAAGAUGGUAUAUUGGAAUUGGGAGCAGGAUUAUAUACACGUAUUCUAACUGGACUAUGUAUGAUUUGUACAAUGGUGUAUUGGUGUUUUCAAAAUACUCAAGAUGCUAUUGUCAAAUCGCUGUUUCCAUGUUUGGUCUAUAUCAUCUCGAUUGUUGGUGUCAUUCGUAGUCUACGUCCUCUAUCCUAUACUCCUCCUCACUCGUCGGUCAAGGAUGAUGAAAAGGUAUUUCGUCAACAACUCAAAAAACUACUCUUUAAAUUGGUCGAAUUUAUCGUUUACUUUUUCAUGGUAGCUCUCUUGCUGCUCGGUCCAUCAACUCUAUCAACUUUACUUUGGUCAAUCAUUCAAAUUUAUUUUAUUAUUCAUAUCCUUAAUAAUUCAAUUAGCUCAAACAAUAAUAACAGUAGUAGUAAUAAUAAUAAUGUAAUCUUUUCAUUGGUUCAUUGGAUUGUUUCAAUUGGUUUAUAUUCAUUCCUUGCAUUGAAUCAUUUCUUCUCUACUGGUCAUGACUAUUCUUUCAACAAGAUUCAAUUUGAAACUGCUUAUAUUGGAUUUGAAGAACAUGUUUAUUGGCGUGGUGCUCUCCUCGUAUUACUCAACACAUUUAGUUCCCCCAUCCUAUUCUCAUUACUACUUCCAAUCUUUAUUAUAUUUAUUAAAUUCAACUUUGACAAAACAGAUAAUAACAAAUUAGAUAAUAGUAAUAGUAAUAAUAGUGAUAGUGAAAAUGAAUUAAUAUUAGAUCGUGAUGGUAUUGAAAUGCAAGAAAAGGAAAAUAAUAUCAAAUAUUCUUCAUCUUCUUCAUCUUCAUUUUCACAAAAAAAAAGAUGGAAAACAAAUAAUGAUAUAAUAAUUGGAUAUAUGUUUUAUUUAUUAUUUUUCCUUUAUAAUUCAGUAGUGAUUUGUUUCACGGUUUACGGUCUUCGUCGACAUUUAAUGGUGUGGAGAGUAUUUGCACCUAAAUAUAUCUUUGAAACGGUUCAACUUUUAAUGGUCUUGGUGUCUCUAAUCCUCUCAAGUGUCAUUCUAAACUAUCAUCGAUCAAUAUUACAUUUACAUGUAAAUCAAGAAUUAACUCCAAAAAAAUUAAAUUAA